UACUUGGUUCUAUUAUUUCUGGCCUGCUCGGCAGCCAUGAAAGCUGAUAACAAUACUCCGUUCGAGGGCAUGGACGAGGAAAUGGAGGACAUGCUGCGAGAGGAAGCUAUUGAACUGUUGAAGGAAAGCCUCUCUAUAAUAUCCCAAGAGCAUGCCGCUAGCUAUGAUCUCGCCAAAGUGAUUUCCGUCAAGAAACAAUAUGUUUCGGGCGCCGUCACAAUCUUUAUCGGGCAGCUGACCGACGGUAAAACUAAUAAACAGUGCGUUAUCACCACCUGGGAGGGUUAUCCCAACAAUAUUAAAAUCAAAUGCGAAGGCGACGAUGCCGAACUCAGCUUCACUCUUUGAAAUAACCCCGUGCACAAUCUCGGCUAAUAAUUACAUUAUUUCAAAUAAAUGUUUAGCACAGAUCAUAGA